AUGGCAGAAAUACCAAGAGAGUUGUCGGUAGGGCUGGGCAUGGUUGCCAUGGCCUUCCUGCAAAAGCUCUUCAAGUACGACGCUCGAGCGAGGGAGUACAGCGUCACCGUUUUGGGAGAGGAAUCACAUCUCGCCUAUAACCGAGUCGGUCUCACGAGCUUCUUCCAACACCGCAAAGUGGACGAGCUCUACUUGAAUCCUCUGUGGGCAAUACCAAACCCUGCCAAGUAUGCGUUGACAUACCACAUCAAAACCAAGGUCAUCGGCAUCAAGCCCACACAAAGCCGCCAAAGCCAUGAUGGACUUGAGUCCUUUGCGGAGGUGAAGCUCGUCGAGCGGAACAAAUGGGUCCUGAGCCGACAGCCAGACGAGGACGCGGGCAGCAUGGUCGUUGGUCAAGUCAGAGACCUCGGUCUAGAUGUGAUGCUAUGCAAGAGAAUACGCAUCAAAUCAGACCAAGCUCAUAACGUCACGGGGUGGUUCGGAGUAAAUGCCCGGGACGAGCUGGCCCACGAGGCUGGCAUUGAAUGUGCUGGCGGCGGGAUUGUUGUCCAUGAUGAUUUGAGCACCAGCGAUCCGGAGUGUCUACGCCAUUGGGGAAUGUGCCAGUUGGCAGGGCCAGACGUUUGGCCUAAUCGCCCCGGCGUCGAAAUGGCCGAGGUUCUCGCCUUCAACCUGACACAGGCCAAGCUUCACUCCUCGAUUCAAACGACCCGAUCUCAGCACAAAGUUGAAGCUUCGGAGUUGAACUUCACGGACCCCUUUCAGAUUGUCUACAAAAAGUACAUAUUCACCGCGGAUGGUAAAUACCUUGUUGGUGGCAUGAUGAUUGGCGACACCAGCGACUACGUGAGGCUGGUGCCCCUGGUCAAGAACAUGAAGGAGCUUCGACAUGCCGGGCCAGCUCAUCCCGGAGCGCAGAAAGACGGCGGCGGCUGGGAUGACAAUCCGACGACGACACAAUCCGCCUGCCACAAUGUCACCAAAGGCGACAUCGUCAAGAGCGUCAAAGACGGCCUCUGCAAGGAUAUUGGCGCCAUCAAGUCCUGCACCAAGGCCGGCACCGGGUGCGGCGGUUGCAUGCCUCUCGUCACCACAAUCUUCAACAAGACAAUGGCGGUCAUGGGCAACGAAGUCAAGAACCAUCUUUGCUCCCACUUCAACUUCUCACGCGCCGACCUGUUCAACAUCAUCAUGGUCAAGCGGCUGACGACCUUGCCCGAGGUGAUGCGCGAGGCUGGCAACGACAGGAGAGCUCGGGAUGCGAAUUAUGCCCGCCGUAGCGAGCAUAUUCGCAUCCCAUGGAACCGGCACGUCAUGGAGAAGCCGGUCCAUGGCCUGCAAGACACGAAUGACCGGUUCCUGGGCAACAUCCAGCGAAACGGCACCUACUCUGUUGUCCCUCGGGUGCCAGGCGGCGAGAUCACGCCCGACAGGCUCCUCGUCAUCGGGGAGGCCAAGAGGUACAACCUGUACACCAAGAUCACGGGGCAACGCAUCGACAUGUUUGGCGCCAGGAAGCAGGAUCUUGUCGAGAUAUGGCCAGCUCGUGGCGGCCGGCAUGGAAUCCGGCCACGCCUAUGCCAAGUCGCUGAGAACGGUCAAGAGCUGCGUCGGCACGACUUGGUGCCGGUUCGAAUUGGCGACAGCGUCGGCAUGGCGGGCGGCGUGAGUGGCUGCGUGCGCGAGUGUGCAGAGGCUCAGAGCAAAGACUUCGGUCUCAUUGCCACGGAGAAGGGCUUCAACGUCUUUAUCGCUGGAAAUGGCGGUGCAAAGCCCAGGCAUGCGCAGCUUCUGGCCAAGGACGCCGCCCGCUGA